GGUGUGACCGACCGGCUGACUGCAGUGCGGUUGAAUCGCUGGCGACUCGCGCGUUUUGUUACGAAGCAGGCGGAGCGCUGGCUUUCAAAGACUGUCAGGGGCGUUUCUGAAGCGCUGAAAUCUCCUUUUCUGCUCCUACAAACCACGACGUCUGUGCUGGAGAAGUCUCAGCGAUGGCUUUGACUGGAAUUGGAUUUCUCUUUAUCGUGGCGAUUACCCUGACGGAUGCGGAGGUACUGAUGAAUAGGGAUGGAUGCGGCACAACAAAAGCCUGUCUUUUCAAACCAGCCGGUUGUGAUCCAAACCUCGACUGCACGAUUGGCCUGAUCUUCUUUGUAGUGGGGGAAAACCAACUACGAGUGGAAAUGGUGGCCACCUCGCUGAUACCAUCCGUACAGCAACAGUACAUUGCUAUAGGAUUUUCGAAUGAUCCAAUGAUGGGAGAAGAUUUCGUGACCGAAUGCGUGAUGAGUGAUAUGGGACAGUUUGCGGGCUGGGAACCUGAGAUCUUCGUCUCAUUCAAUCACGGAAACUCCAACGAUCGCAUAUUCUUGAACGAUGAUGAACAUCGCACAAUGAUAACAAACAUCUCAUCACAAGUUGUGGAUGGUCGCCUAGUAUGUCAUUUUACUCAGCAACUAAUCCCACAAAUCGACCGUAAAAAUGGUCUUGUAUGGAGCUUGGAUAAAGAAUACUAUAUUUUGGGAGCUACUGGAUCUGCACAACCGGAUGAGGUUAAUGCUCAUGACAUGAAUCGAGGCUCACACUUCUUCCCAAUCGUUUCUUCUGCGAAAAUCAAUCCAUCUCAGUUGAGUCUGGUCAAGUACGAUACGCCUCUGAGCACCAAUGUGAUUUCGAAGGAAAAAGUCUCGAUCAACCAAGAAACCCCAGAAUCCAUGAAGCCUGAUGUAGAUGUCGUAUCUCCAACAACUGCAGCUAUGACCACAACGGUCUCACAAACGGAAAACUCGUCCACUUUGAAGAUAUUCCCUUUUCCAGCAGUACUUCUUUUAUUGCUUCGACUAUUGUAA